AGCAGCCUAUAUCCAUGUUUUGAUUCUUUGUAACAAUGGACGAAAAAGAGAAAGCUUCUGAUUUUGAAGAAGAAAAAAGUGAAAAUAUUUUGAUUUCAGAAAAAGAUCAGAGUCAAACUGAAGAGAAAAUACCACAAGAAGUUAAUUCGAAUAAGGAAAAAUUGAUUGCCGAUGUUAUGAAAUCAAGCAAAGAAAGAGAAAACCUUUUGAGGAAGAACGAAGUACUUCAGCGUAAAUUAUUUAUGUUUAUAAAAGCAUCUGCAGAUAAAGAAUAUUUCCAAUCUUUGGAGCUGCCUCAAAAUGCUAAUGCUGACACAUAUCAAAAGAUCAUGCGGCAACUGGAUGACAAAUUGGAUCAGAUUGAAAAAGAUAAAGAGGAAAUUAUUGCAAAGCAAGAAUCUUUGAAGCAGAAAAUAAGCGAGAAAGAAGACGAGUGGAAAGAAUUAAAUAAAUCGUUUGUCGAAUUGAAGACAAGAAUUGCUCAACAAUCUGUAAAUACUGAUACAGGUGAAAGAUAUACUAAAGAGGAAGUGGACGAGCUUUUAAGAAGAGAAGAAGAUGCGAGGAAGAAUUUAGAAGACUCCCAAUUGCAGUCCAUUAGGAAGAAGCGCUUAUUAGAAGAAUUAUUGGAGGAGAAGAAAAAUUUAGUUGAAGGGCCCUUAGAUUUUGGAGAAUUCGAAAUAAUGUGCACAGGAACAGAAAACAAUAUUGAAGUGGUGAAACAAUUGAAGGAGGAAAUUAAAAGUUAUGUGAAAAAGGCAUCAGACGUGGUGAAUAUCUUGAAUCAUAUGAAACAGAAAGUGCAUUCCAUGCAAACAAAGAAAGUGGUUGUUCAACAGAAGGAGAUGGCACUGGAGUUGAAGUUAACAGAGAUGAGAAAUAAGCUAUUUCAAGAGAAAAUGAAAUAUGCCAAUAUGAACCAAAAGAAUGAAGAACUUCAGCACAAAUCUAUUCUCCUUCGACACCCGAGACUCAUAGAAGAUUACAAGAAUUUGAUAACAGAGCAAGAAGAAGGUAAAAAAGAAUUAGAGGAACUCAAACGUACAUACAAAGCUGUGAUGAAAAUAGUGUCUGAAGAUGACAAGAGAUAUCACUCAUCAUAA